ACUUCCUUUCCGGCCAUGGCGGCACCCGGUGCGGCCGCGGCGGUUGUGGCGGCGACUGCUGGGGUGGUAGGGGAGGGUGACCCCGGGCCCGGGGACAGUGUGGCGGUGGAGGGCGCCGCCCCGUCCCCGGGCCGUGUCUCUCCCCCGACCCCCGCGCGCGGCGAGCCGGAAGUCACCGUGGAGAUCGGAGAAACCUACCUGUGCCGGCGGCCGGACAGCACCUGGCAUUCCGCGGAAGUGAUCCAGUCUCGAGUCAAUGACCAGGAGGGCCGAGAGGAAUUCUAUGUGCACUAUGUGGGCUUUAACCGGCGACUGGAUGAAUGGGUCGACAAGAACCGGCUGGCACUGACCAAGACAGUGAAGGACGCCGUGCAGAAGAACUCCGAGAAGUACCUCAGUGAGCUGGCUGAGCAGCCCGAACGCAAGAUCACCCGCAACCAGAAGCGCAAGCAUGAUGAGAUCAACCACGUGCAGAAGACCUACGCAGAGAUGGACCCGACCACGGCGGCCCUGGAGAAGGAGCAUGAGGCGAUAACCAAGGUGAAGUACGUGGACAAGAUCCACAUCGGGAACUACGAAAUUGACGCCUGGUACUUCUCCCCUUUCCCUGAGGACUAUGGGAAACAGCCCAAGCUCUGGCUCUGCGAGUACUGCCUCAAGUACAUGAAGUACGAGAAGAGUUACCGCUUCCACUUGGGCCAGUGUCAGUGGCGGCAGCCCCCAGGGAAGGAGAUCUAUCGCAAGAGUAACAUCUCCGUGUAUGAGGUGGACGGCAAAGACCACAAGAUUUACUGCCAGAACCUGUGUCUGCUGGCCAAACUGUUCUUGGACCACAAGACGCUGUACUUCGACGUGGAGCCCUUCGUCUUUUACAUCCUGACCGAGGUGGACCGGCAGGGGGCUCACAUUGUUGGCUACUUCUCCAAGGUGAACACGGAGAAGGAGUCCCCAGAUGGCAACAACGUGGCCUGCAUCCUGACCCUGCCCCCUUACCAGCGCCGCGGCUACGGGAAGUUUCUCAUCGCCUUCAGCUAUGAGCUGUCUAAACUGGAGAGCACGGUGGGCUCCCCCGAGAAGCCGCUCUCUGACCUGGGCAAACUCAGCUACCGCAGCUACUGGUCCUGGGUGCUGCUGGAGAUCCUGCGAGACUUCCGGGGCACGCUGUCCAUCAAGGACCUGAGCCAGAUGACCAGCAUCACCCAGAAUGACAUCAUCAGCACCCUGCAGUCCCUCAACAUGGUCAAGUACUGGAAGGGCCAGCACGUCAUCUGCGUCACACCCAAGCUGGUGGAGGAACACCUCAAGAGUGCCCAGUAUAAGAAACCGCCCAUCACAGUGGACUCUAUCUGCCUCAAGUGGGCCCCCCCCAAACACAAGCAAGUAAAACUCUCCAAGAAGUGAUGGCCUGGGCCCAGCACUUGGACUCAGCCCCCUUGCUCACCCCUCUCGCCUCCAGUUUGUAAAUGGAUGUACAGACCUGUUUGUUUCCUUGUUUAAAUAAAGUAACUUCUUUAGUGGC